AGUUCCUUCGUCCUCCAGUGCGAUCAUGGCGCCCGUAACUUCUGGAACGACUGGCAAGGAACUCUCAACCCGAAACUGGCUCUUUGCGUUUUCCCUGGUCACUUCGUUAUUCUUCACUUGGGGUUUUGCUUACGGCCUCCUCGAUGUACUCAAUUCGCACUUCCAAACGGUUUUCGGUAUCACGAAGGUGCAAAGCACCCUAUUGCAAUUUGCGUAUUUUGGAGCUUAUUUCUUUUGGGCACCAGUCGCGGGUGUGUUCAUGAGACGGAUUGGGUACAAAAAAGGGAUACAUGUAGGCUUGACGUUGUAUUCCCUCGGUGCCAUCUUUUUUUGGCCCUGUGCCAAGUUUGAAGCGUACGGGGGGUUCGUGGCCUGCACGUUUGUGAUCGGUUGCGGUCUUUCUACCCUUGAAGUAGCAGCCAAUUCGUACAUCACUGUGCUCGGCACCCCCCAGUACGCGGCUGCACGACUCAACUUCAGUCAAGGGUUCCAGGGACUCGCAUCUUUCGCAGGACCUAUGAUUGCCAGCCGGGAAUUUUUCAAGGGGGAAAACGCGAAUUCUCUCGAUUCUGUCCAAUGGGUAUAUCUUGGGGUCGCUGCACUGGGACUCUGUUUGAACAUACUUUUCUACUUCUGCCCUCUUCCCGAGAUCACGGAAGAGGCACUGGAGAAAGAGGUAGCAGAGGCUGGUAUUGAUCCGAACGCAGUCGCCAGCUCCUUCUGGAGACAGUACCGAUGCGUCUUUGGAUUUGUCGCACAGAUGGCCUACGUCGGAGCUCAGGUGGCAGUGGCCUCCAUGGUCGUGAAUUUCCUCACGGAACAGGGCCUUGGCCUCAGCCAAUCCACGGCCAGUCUCAUGUUUUCGUUUUGCCAGUUAACCUUCACCGUCGGACGAUUCGUCGGUGUCAUUAUUCUCAAAUGGGUCGACCCGGCCCUCAUGCUGUCAGUAUAUGGAGUUGCGUGUAUGGUGUUCUCUCUCGCUGUCGCACUUUCGUCCGGAUGGGCAGGAGUAGGCUGUCUCUACGUGCUGUUCUUCUUCGAGAGCAUCUGCUACCCAUGCAUUUUCACGCUCGCAACGAAGAACCUUGGUGUGCAUACAAAGCGCGGGUCCGGCUUGAUUGUUAUGGGUGUAGGAGGUGGAGCAUGGUACCCUCCAGCUCAGGCGGCUCUCGCGGAGACUGCGAGCACCAGACGCUCAUACCUUGUUCCUUUCACUGGAUACACUGCCAUGUCCAUUUACGCCAUAGGCCUUGUUGUCGACCAGUCUAUCAAGCAAGGCUUCCACUGGUACAGUAUCGACGAAACCGCCCAGACACGCAUUGCUGUCGCUUCUGCCUUCCCGCCCUCUGCACUUAUGGUCGAUGGAGCGUUGCCACCGAAUCUUGAAGCGCAAUGGCAAGGAUCUCCGGUCGACAAGAAGUCACUCAAUGGGAGUGAGAAAGCGAUCGAAGAGUUCAACGAGAGGGCCUAGACAUAUUAUGCGAUUUAAUCUUUGGCCAUUUGUGCGGGUACUUUGAGAUGAUGGUGCCAUCUCGACACCUCUUUUUCACAGUUUCUUGUGAUGUAACGAUACUAUGAUGUCAGAUGAUGUACUACUAGAUUUUCUUGACGAGAACUUUGAAUGGCUAAGUCACGCCAAG